UGUGCAUGGAGUGGGGACAGCCUACUUAAAUGGAGAGGAGAUGCUUCCUGUCAACUGCUUCAGUCAUACCAGAGGGCGGAGAAGAGGGGAUGGCAGAAAACAGCGCCGAUACUUGUGGUUCCGUUUAUCGGAGGUGUUUGACUCAUUCUCCCUGGGAAAAACCCCAGUCAACCAGUAACGGGGCUUCCAAAUGGGUUCGCUUGAACGUGGGGGGAACCUAUUUCUUAACAACACGACAGACGCUGUGCCGAGAUCCGAAAUCAUUUCUGUACCGACUGAGCCAGGCUGACCCCGACCUCGACUCUGAUAAGGAUGACACUGGUGCAUAUCUCAUAGACCGAGACCCCACAUACUUUGGGCCGGUGUUGAACUACCUGAGGCAUGGCAAGCUGGUGCUCAACAGGGACCUGGCUGAGGAAGGUGUCUUGGAGGAAGCCGAAUUCUACAAUAUCACGUCAUUAAUAAAGCUCCUCAAGGAGAAGAUCAGGGAACGUGACUGCAAAACAUUACAGGCUCCAGUGAAGCAUGUGUACAGGGUGCUGCAGUGCCAGGAGGAGGAGCUCACCCAGAUGGUGUCCACCAUGUCAGAUGGCUGGAAGUUUGAGCAGCUUGUCAGUAUAGGUUACGGGCGGGCCCAGCAGUCAGAGUUUCUGCUGAUUGUGUCAAGGGAGGUGAAGGGGGAGGAGUCUACUUUCCCAAACCACAGCGAGCUGGUCAGCAUUGGCUCCUCUUAUAACUACGGAAACGAAGACCAAUCUGAGUUCCUGUGUGUGGUCUCCAAGGAGCUGCACAACCAAUCAUACGGCACAAACAGUGAGCCCAGUGAGAAAGCCAAGAUUCUUCAGGAGAGGGGAUCCCGAAUGUGAAGGAUCAGUAUUACAAGCUCCAGGUAUAACGAUGCAAACAUAUCAUUGACGAGGAAGAACCUUUCACACAACAGAGAAGACAUUAGUCGAGAGGGACACACAUUUGUUUGUUUUUCCUCCAUUUUAUUUUAUGUAAAUAAGUCUGUUUACAGACUUGUUGUGCCUGUACAGUUAAACUGGAUUUUUUUUUUUGAAUUAGUGGCAAGUUUUUUCCCCAACAAAUUAUGAAUUAUAAUCAUUUAAAUAUUUUAUGCUAUAAAACAUGGCCAUGGUCAUACACUGCCAAUGAUUCACUCAGGGGCUACUUUUGAGUUUUUAUUUUACCUUCUAACUCAAGGGAAUCUUGUAAGGCAGGGUUCUUCAAUUCCGGUCCUGGAGGGCCGAAACACCUCUGUUUUUCAUCCUCUCCU